AUGUCACCAGGAAAAACCAUUCUGGCCUCCAAGAUCGCCAAACGCUUCACUGAUGAAAUUCAGGCAAAGGCAGCUCUGUUGGCUAGACGUCCUAAGCUUGUAGGCUUGCUUGCCAACCCAGAUCCUGCUGCCAAACAGUAUGCUGAAUGGACCGGUAAGACGAGUGAGUCGCUGGGAUUUGAUUACCAAUUGAUCCAGGUCGAAAAGGAACAGUUGGAGGACCAAAUAUAUAAAUGCAACGAUGAUUCCUCGGUUAAUGGUAUUAUGGUUUACUUCCCCGUUUAUGGAGACGGUCAGGAUCGCUAUUUGCAACAGUGUGUUGCGGUGGAAAAGGACGUUGAAGGCUUGAAUUUCCGUUACGUGUCCAACAUGUACCACAACAUACGGUAUUUGGAUGAAAAACAAGAGAAGAAGUCCAUUCUUCCGUGCACUCCUUUGGCGGUCGUGAAGAUCUUGGAGCAUUUGGGUGUCUACAAUCCUCUGUUGAACUAUGGAGACAGAUUGUAUGGAAAGACCAUCACUGUGGUCAAUCGCUCUGAAAUUGUGGGAAGACCUUUGGCAGCUCUGCUCGCUAACGAUGGUGCUACCGUUUACUCGGUUGAUAUCAAUAGCAUCCAGAUCUACGAGCGUGGUGAUGGGCUGAGACUCAAAAAGCACGUGGUUUUGGACUGUGACAAGAGCCUAAAAGAAUGUGCGUUGUCUUCUGAUGUCAUCAUUACCGGAGUUCCUUCAGAGUCGUACAAGUUUCCUACUGAAUACGUUAAACGCGGUGCUGUGGCCAUCAACUUUGCAAGCCACAAAAACUUCAACGACGACGUGAAAGACGUCGCCUCCCUUUAUGUUCCGUCCAUUGGAAAAGUCACUAUUGCCAUGCUGUUGCGCAACUUGCUGAGACUAAUAGAGAACAAUGCUAAAUAG